GGAAGCUGUUGCAUUUCACAAUAAAGUUUGUUUUCUAUCUGACUCUGCACCUAGAAUCAUUUAAGUGCAGGUCCACAGCCUAUAUUGAUACACAAACAUAAAACUGCAGUCUUCUCUUUUCCAUUUGGACAUUUGAUUAUUUUAUUUCUUUAUGACUUUGGUUCUCACAAUUUCAUGAUGAAAAGCUUCUUCUUGUCUCUGCUAGUAGGUCUUCUUUUCAGUAAAGACUAUGUUAAACCCACAGAAAUAGAUGGGAAGAAGAAAUGGAAAGGUGAAGGCACCACAUCUAACCUGGAGAGCAUUGUAAUUGGAAGGUGUUAUGAAUAUAUUAGAAUUGUGAAUCCAAGUGUUGGUGAGAAGAACUGUACAGAGAUAUGGGAAGCUUUCAAAAAGGCUUUUAUUAAUAAAGAUCCUUGCAACAUUUUACCAUCGGACUAUGAGUUAUUUAUUAACCUGUCACUGCACACAAUUCCACCUAACAAGUCUCUGUUCUGGGAAAAUAACCAUCUGCUGGUCACUAGCUAUUCUGAUAGAACUCGUCGCUACAUGCCUCUGUGUGAUACUUUAAUUGGUUCAUUUGGAGAUUUCCUGAACUGGUGUGGACAAGCAAACGAUACUGGAUUUAAUUAUGAUUCCUGCCCUAACACAGAAGAGUGUGAAAAUAAUGCAGUAGAAUCUUUCUGGAAGAUUGCAUCAAUCACUUAUGCAAAGCAGAGCUCUGGGGUAAUAUACAUUAUGCUGAAUGGUUCUGCGAUAGGGGGCGCCUAUCCAGUCAAAGGUUUUUUUGCAGACUAUGAAGUGCCUAACUUCCAAAAAGACAGAAUUUCACGAAUUGAAAUCUGGGUCAUGGAUGACAUUGGGGGACCUGACUUGGAUUCCUGUGGGAGAGGCAGUGUACAAAUAUUAGAAGAAAGACUUAAAACUAUGGGUUAUGACAUCACCUGCAUUGACAAUUACAAAUCUGUACUGCUGUUAAAGUGCCUGGAUUAUCUUAAUCACUCUGAUUGUUCCAUUGUUUCGUCUGCACCUUCAACACAAAGAGGACUUGUAUCUCCCGCCAGAGGUGGCAGCUGGAGCAGGCUCAUUUACACGAUUUUUGUAGCAUUUGUUUUUGAGAUCUGCUUUAACCCACUGAAUUAAUGACUGGAAAACUGUUUUCAAUCCAGCUGCAGUGAGGAGACACCAAGCACAGUCUUGACUGUCUGCUGAGCUAGCUCCAUCUACAAUCUGAAGGUCCAGGGUGUCUGUCUAUCCCCAACCACUGAAACCUCCAGAUCACGCGGCACGUGGGCUGAUUUUUUGUGGCACACUGCUGCUAGCCGGGUUCCCGGCCGCCAGCCCCGUUCAGCCCGCUGCCAGCCUGGAAUACGAAACCCCAGACCGGCAGCGGGAUGAGCCCGCUGACAGUCUGGGGUUCUGUCUGUCACCCGUGCUGCCAGUCUGGCAGGUGAAACCUUUUACUGGCACACGUAACCUUAAAUUAAUGAAGACUUGGCACACCACUUCUCAAAGGUGGCCAACCCCUGCUCCAGACUGUGGCUGUACCAUGUUGGAUAUAUCUAAGAAAAUUAAAAUACUUGCAUUUUCCUAAGAGAA